UGCGCAUGCGCGUUACUGUAGCCGGUUAUGGCGGUCGGAUGUGCUUCCAUGAGGCGAUCAGCGGUAGCUUUCCUUUCGGACUGAAAGAGAGAGUAGGAAGGGGUGCGUGAACAUGGCGGGCGUGUUCGACAUCGAUUUAGACCAGCCGGAGGAAACGGUUUCUGAAGAUGAGCUGGACGAGGGGGCCCAGAUCAAUGAAUACAUGGAACAGUGCAGUAAUUUCGACUUUAACAUGGAUGGCUGUGAGAAGUUUGAAAUUUCUGAAGACAGUGUCAAUAGAGGAACGGAACAGAUCCGCCCAGAGUGUUUUGAGUUGCUCCGGGUCUUGGGGAAAGGUGGCUAUGGAAAGGUUUUUCAAGUACGAAAAGUAUCUGGGGUCACUUCAGGAAAAAUUUUUGCGAUGAAGGUCCUCAAGAAGGCUAUGAUUGUGCGCAAUGCAAAAGACACAGCACACACCAAGGCAGAGCGCAACAUUCUGGAGGAGGUGAAACACCCUUUCAUCGUUGAUCUCAUCUACGCCUUCCAAACUGGGGGCAAGCUGUACCUCAUCCUGGAGUACCUCAGUGGUGGAGAGCUCUUUAUGCAAUUGGAACGAGAAGGAAUUUUCAUGGAGGACACGGCCUGCUUUUACCUAGCAGAGAUCUCCAUGGCCCUGGGACAUUUGCAUCAAAAUGGGAUCAUCUACAGGGAUCUGAAGCCAGAAAAUAUCAUGCUUAAUAACCAAGGUCAUGUGAAGUUGACUGACUUUGGACUGUGUAAAGAGUCUAUCCAUGAUGGCACUGUCACUCAUACUUUCUGUGGUACCAUAGAAUACAUGGCUCCAGAGAUCCUUAUGAGAAGUGGACACAAUCGAGCUGUGGACUGGUGGAGUCUGGGAGCCUUAAUGUACGACAUGCUCACUGGUGCUCCACCCUUCACAGGUGAAAACAGAAAGAAGACCAUUGACAAAAUCUUGAAGUGCAAACUGAACCUCCCACCCUACCUCACACAAGAAGCCAGGGACCUUUUGAAAAAGCUGCUUAAACGAAACGCGUCACUGCGACUUGGUGGUGGACCAGGAGAUGCCGCAGAGGUUCAGUCCCACCCGUUCUUCAGACACAUCAACUGGGAGGACCUCCUCGCCCGUAAAGUGGAGCCCCCAUUCAAGCCGUUCUUGCAAUCUGCAGAUGAUGUGAGCCAGUUUGAUUCAAAGUUUACAAGCCAGACCCCUGUAGACAGUCCUGAUGACUCUACCCUCAGUGAAAGUGCCAAUCAAGUCUUCCUGGGGUUUACAUACGUGGCCCCAUCUGUGUUGGAAAACGUCAAGGAGAAGUUCUCUUUUGAGCCAAAAGUUCGAUCACCUCGACGAUUUCUGGGAAGUCCAAGAACACCAGUUAGCCCCAUGAAGUUUGCUGGAGGAGACUGCUGGCCUCGAGCCCCCCCACUGCAGUCCCCCACCGAGCUGACCAUGGAGGUGACUGCUGCAGAGCAAAUGGACAUCAGUGUCAGUACAGAAGCAUCUGCCCCACUGCCCAUCAGGCAACCUGCAGGAAUUAACCCCGGGCCCUUCAAGAAGCAGGCUUACCCAAUGGUUUCGAAAAGGCCUGAGCAUCUGCGUAUGAACCUAUGACAAUUAGCUUUUUUUUUUUUUUUUGACUGGACAUUAAAGAAA